AUGUUCAUUACUGGUCCUGACGUCGUCAAAUCUGUGACAAACGAGGAAAUCACCCAAGAGGAGCUUGGUGGCGCCAAGACGCACACUCAAAUCUCCGGUGUUGCCCACAAAGCAUUCGAGAACGAUAUUCAGGCGCUCGUCGAAAUGCGAGAGCUCCUCAGUUACCUUCCCAGCUCAAACCGCGACAACUCUCCCCAAAUUACAGCGUCUGACCCAGCCGACAGACUUGUUCCCUCUUUGGAAACCGUCAUCCCUCCAGAGUCAACAACCCCAUACGAUAUCAAGGAUGUUAUUAAUCCUGUUAUCGAUGACUCCGAGUUCUGGGAGAUUCAGCCCGAUUUUGCCAAAAAUAUCGUCGUUGGAUUUGCUCGAAUGGACGGCCGAACCGUUGGAAUCGUCGCCAACCAGCCAAAAGUUGCUGCUGGUUGCUUAGAUAUUCAAGCCUCGAUCAAGGCUGGUCGAUUUGUUCGAUUCUGCGAUGCUUUCAAUGUCCCAAUUGUGACUUUUGUCGACGUCCCUGGCUUCCUUCCCGGUACCGCUCAGGAACACAAUGGUAUUAUUACACACGGCGCAAAACUGCUCUACGCAUACGCAGAAGCUACCGUUCCAAAGAUUACUGUCAUUACACGAAAAGCGUACGGUGGCGCUUAUGAUGUUAUGAGCUCGAAGCACCUCCGGGGUGAUGCUAACUACGCAUGGCCAAGCGCGGAAGUCGCCGUCAUGGGCGCCAAGGGAGCUGUUUCUAUCAUUUUCAGAGAUCCAAAGGAAGCUGAAAAGCAGGAACAAGAAUAUGUUGACAAGUUCGCCAAUCCGUUCCCAGCUGCCACGCGGGGUUAUGUCGACGACAUCAUCGAUCCCGUCACAACUCGUCGUCAAAUCUGCGCCGAUUUGGCAAUCUUGGCCAACAAGAAGCAGUCGAACCCUUGGAAAAAGCACGCCAAUAUGCCGCUUUAA